UCGAUUCUGCCAAGUGCACAAGUCCGUGUACUUGAUAUUCUGGACCGCCCACUGGGACAGGAAGGAGGUGACAUCGUCAAGGUGACGUAACAACCGUAUUAAGAAAUAUAACCAGGAACAGCUGCUCCUGUGGCGCGCAUACAGCAGACAACUCGCAUGAAGUGCAAGAUACACCUGGAGCACAAAGUCUGGAAGCUUCCCAGGACCAGAGCAGGGCCAUGAGGGUCCGACUGAGACCCGCUACCCGCGGGCAGUGAGGGGGGUCUUCUCGGUUCUCCUGCGGUCCUGUGUGAGAGGCGCCAUGGGAAUGGCGAGUGGUGGUCUGCGCGUGACCCUGCAGAUACUACCUGGCUUCUUCUCAAACUGCCUGUUCCUCGCCCUGUACGACUCCGUGGUGCUGCUGAAGGCCGUCGUGUCGCUGCUCAGCUGCUCCCGGGCCGCCGGCCGCGGGGCGCGGCGCCGCAUGCUCACCUCCGCGGGGCUGCGCUCCGUCUGGAGGAGCUUCCUCCUGGACGCCUACAAACAGGUGAAAGUUGGCCUUGAGGCACCCAACUCCAAAGUGGUGAAGGUGCCUGGCAGCCCUCAAAGGAGCAGCAAUCUCAGUAAUCUGAUUAGUUUGCCACCUGGUGCCAUGAUAGCAAAUGAAGUUGAGUGCCACCUUCUGGAUUUUGAGUCAUCUGACCGCCCUCUGGUGGUCAAUUUUGGCUCAGCUACUUGACCCCCCUUCAUCAGCCAUCUGCCCGCUUUCCGGCAGUUGGUGGAGGACUUCAGUGACGUAGCCAACUUCUUGUUAGUGUACAUAGAUGAGGCUCAUCCGUCCGAUGGAUGGGUGGCACCGGCUUUGGGCUCUUGCUCCUUCGAUGUCCCAAAACACCAGAACCUGGAAGAGAGGUUGGGAGCGGCACGCAAACUCAUUGAGCACUUUUCCCUCCCACCACAGUGUCAGCUGGUAGCAGACUGCAUGGACAACAAUGCUAAUGUGGCCUAUGGUGUGUCCAAUGAACGAGUGUGUAUAGUAAAACAGAGAAAGAUCGCCUACCUGGGCGGCAAGGGGCCUUUUUUUUACAAUCUGAAGGAUGUGCAACAUUGGUUGGAACAGAACUUCGGUAAACGUUUUUCAAGGACAAGUGCGGAAAAGGACAUGUCCCAUAUUUCAAAAAAGGGAAUAAUACAUCAAUAAGUUUCGUCGAAGUCAUGAUCAAAAGUUGAUAACUUCUAAAAAGCUGUAAUUAAGUUCCUGAAUUGAGGAGCAACUUUUUUACCUUUUGAAAUCCGGCCAAUUUUCAUACAUUUGGAAUUCUCAUAUGUAAAAACCCAUAUUAAUUCAUUAAUUGCAUGGGUCUAACAAACUAAUGACUUUCAAACUCAAGACAGUCAUUUAAUAUCACAUGAUCCAAAGUGUUGUUUUGGGUGGUUUGGUUGCCCUGUCUUAGUGACUAUUUCAGGAAUCGCUAUGAGCAUGGGUUGUAACAUGCAGCAUAUUGAUUGGAGGCGUCACUGUAUGAGCUUCAUCUGUAUUUCUGCCACUUUUUCUGUUCAUACUUCAUUACAUGUUAUGUUUAAUAAACCCUCAUUUUUCCUUACACACUACAUAGUAACCAUCGUCUCCAGUUGACAGCUCUGUUAUUAUUAUACAUAUUUUCCCCCUUAGUUUCUUUAGCCUUUGGUAGUUACACGAUUGAUUUAAAGUUAUUAAGAUAUUAUGUGGCUUUUAACACAGAAUUGUCAAAUGUAAAAAUGAAGUGAUGUCUGUAUUGCAGCACUACCAAGACAAAUACAAUGCAUAGAAACAAACCCUUUAGCACGAUGCUAGCACCACCAUGCUUCAUAGUGGCCAUGGCAUUUUUUUAACGACAUGCAGCAUUUGGCCUACAGACAAGGUGUUUUGUCUAAUAGAGAGAAAGCUUCGUUUUGGUCUCAUCAGAUCAUAUAACCUGAUCUAUAGUCCAGAUGUACAGCAGCUGUCUCUUCACCGCUCUCGUAUAAAGCCAGAUGGAGCUUUAUGGUCUAGUCAGGAUACCUUGAAGCCUUCAAAACAGCCCCAAUAAAGCUACUCUGAUAUACUUUUGCCGUGGGCUUACCCUAAUUUGCUGUUUUUGGGAAGCUUGUAAGGAAAACCUGUAGACACUACUAAAGGGCAGGGAUGAUGGUUUGCACAAAGGACACAGCAAUAGUGCUUAUAUCACUGUAAGCAAUAUCAUCAGCAUCACAUAUUUAGGUUCCACCUAGUUGGAUGAUUAGCAUGAUUGUCACUGCCAGAUAGCACUACUGUUAUAUGCAUUUAGAAUGAAUACAUGCAUUCGUUACGGUGACUCAUUACUCUCACCACGAGAGUUUGUAGAGGAAUCUUAGGAUUUAGAAGAAAGCAUUUAGCUGUCCUGAGAGUCACAUAAUUAUACCUGAUGCAAAAGUGAGUUGACAGGCCUUUUGUGUGAUGAAAUCAAAAGUUCAAAUGACAUGAAUGAAACCAUUAAACAUGAAAAUUUGAACCUGUCAAAUGUUGAGAGAAGGUUUGUAUGGCUGAGAUGACGGUCGUGAUCAAAAGAGCAUCAAAGCCCCAUCGGAAACACCAAUGUUUUUUUCUUGUUUCAGUGACAAAGGUGUUUUAAUGAAAGCCUUUGACGAAAGGGUCCCCGACUCAGUCUCUGGUUGGAUGGUGAACUGCACCUUGUCAAAAUGAAAUAGAACUAUUCUGAUUUAGUUGCCAAGCUGUUUCAAAUGUCAUUUUAUGCACCUUUUCAUUAUUGUUAAGAGCAAUGUAUAUUUUCAUGUUAAAGACAAAUAAAGUAAAAUGUUUGCUGAUGAAA